CCCCUGAGCAAGUUGUGUUUCCGGGGUCAAUUACACACAGUGCAAUGACAUUGUACCACGAUUUUAGGAGAUCAGGACAGAGUGGGAACUUUGUUUUUUUACAUGCUCUGAAAGUUAAAUAUACUGACAUUUAACAUGUCCCAAAUAUAUACCGGUUUCACGGAGGAACGGCAAGGGGACUCACAGGGUCCUGCAGGGGUCAACUACAUUCCCACCGAUGAAGAGAGGAGGGUCUUCAGGGAGUGCAACCAGGAGAGCUUCUGGUACAGAUCUUUACCCUUCUCCGCAGUUAGUAUGGCCAUCACUCAAGCACUAGUCGUCCGAGGAACCCUGUCAUCGUCACCCAGAUUUGGUUCUCUCCCUAAAGUGGCCUUCGCGGGCCUGUGUGGCUAUCUAGCAGGGAAGAUGUCCUACAUGAAGACGUGUCAGGAGAAGUUCCAGAGGCUGGAGAGCUCACCACUUGGAGAGGCCCUGAGAAAGAAGACACAGCUGCCUCCACUCUCUCCCCAAGGGCCCAGGUCAGAGAUGAGUGACCCAGAUGCCCAGUCCUUUGAGUCCAUGUUCCAGCCCUCGGAUCCACAGAGUCAGACCCCUCCCCAAGCCAAAGAUUAUGGCUACAGCGCCCAGUCUCCUGAUCUCAUGGACCAGAAGGAAAACUUUAAGACUCCGGCCCAGUCAUACCUGGGGGAGGAGGAGCCUAGGAGGAAGUCGGUGCUCUACGAGGACCUGAGGAACAAGAACAGGGAAAACUACAAGGUCACGCUCACCCAGAAGACUGAGCCCCCGUCCAGGCCUGCCCCUGACAGACCCUCCCCCCAGAGGGAAGCGGUGCAGAAGAAUAUCUAUGGUGAUGCUUGGGACGAAUGAAGGAUUUCCUGUCACAACUGGUUAUGUUACAACAGUUCUCUUCUGCUUGAGUUGUGUGUAGGCUGGACAUGAGGUUGUUUGUAUGUCUGAAUAUAACUAGAAAUGUGUGGAAAAACCUAAUUCAUAGCAAACUCUGGUACUCUUUCUGUGUUUAUCUAAAACUGCUUGAGGAUGAGAAUAAUACAAUCUAGUUUGGACAGACAACAGUACAGUUCAGUAGAAGCAAAAAUAUUUCAAUUGAUGAAAGAAACUGGAUCUAAAUGUCUUGUAAAUCUGAGAAAAGAUAGGACAUGAAUUAUGGGACAGAAUGCAAUCCUGACCCAAGACAUGUUUCAUGAUCACAACAAUAAAAGUAUAUUUUCUACACAGCUGUGCCUACUCUUAAUAUAAAACAGUACUGUUGGCAGCAAAUUAAUGGUAGUUAGUGGAUCUUUGUAGAUCUAGCCAUCUAGGAAUAACGUGCAUCAGGGCCAUGUGUCUUUAAUACAUACGGGCCAUUAUAGAUUUAUUUCGCAAACAAAAUACUCCAGAAAAGACGGAUAUGUGAUAAAUGUAAUCCUACCCAAUAUAUUCAUACGUUUUUACUGGCAGAACACCAUAUAGGCUUCAGUGACAUUCUUGAGUCUAUGACGUAAACACGUCCGUCCCCUUUCCGGUUUCGAAUAGGUACUGCGGCGGAUGUUGAUGUUUUGUUUUGGACUGAAGCCUACUGAUGUGAACUGUUGUCGGACGGUGGGAUUUUAUGAGCGUUGUCUUACAUUGCUGCAUUGCUUUGUUAACGGGAAGGAUAUUGUUUACGGCGGCAUCGUGUCUCUCCCGGCGCCUCACCCGGGAAGUGCGAGACCGAGUCGAGCGAUGAUGGAGGACUUUGAUGAGAUAUACGAAGAAGAGGAGGAGGAAGAAGAGGACGAGGACAGGGCCGCGGAGGAACAGCUACUAAAGUAUGCCCCGGACCCUGUGGUGGUGCGGGGAUCCGGCCACGUCACUGUGUUCGGGCUCAGCAACAAAUUUGAGUCAGAGUUCCCUUCGGCACUUACAGGGAAGCUGGCACCAGAAGAGUUCAAGGCCAGCAUCAACCGUGUGAAUGGCUGCCUGAGGAAGACUCUGCCAGUGAACGUGCGCUGGCUGCUUUGUGGCUGCCUCUGCUGCUGUUGCACGUUGGGCUUCAGUCUGUGGCCUGUCAUCUGUCUCAGCAAGAGGACGCGGAGAUCCAUAGAGAAGCUGCUGGAAUGGGAGAACUGCAGAUUGUACCACAAGUUGUGUUUGCACUGGAGACUUAGCAAGAGGAAGUGUGAAACCAACAACAUGAUGGAAUACGUUAUCCUAAUAGAGUUCCUACCCAAGAUUCCCAUCUUCAGACCGGACUAGCGCUUCCUGAGCGUCUCCGUCUUCCCAUGGUGCCUCUCUGCGGCACAGAUACGGUUCCAACAUGGCCAAAAGGCAUCCUCAACCCUCUCCCUCCCUGAAAUGCACCACACCUUUUAUGUUUACCAGGUAGUUCACCCUCUUCAGGCCCUCAACCUUCUUCCCACGCCUUCCUAUCCAGGUUACACUUGUUUACAAACCCAAUACCACCCCCCGCCCCUUUGACCUUCAACCUUCUGGAGGAGCCGCAGCCUUUGAACCCACCGAGUCAUGUUGACCGGCAGCAGCUUGUGGGUCGUCAUGGGAGACCCAAGCCUUGAGAGACAGAACAGAGCCCUGUAACCGGAGAUCCUGAACGACGCCUGAAUGGGUUCCACGUUCUCUUAACUGGAAUUCUGAAAAUCCACCGCCCCAUCGUUACCUUAAGGCACAAUCUCACCCUAAUCAAACCUUAUGUGAUAAUACUCCCACCUUAUGUGUCACCCUUGUUCCCUACCUCUGUUAUCAUUGUGCGGACUCGUCCCCACCUAAAUCUCUAUGGAACUUCUAAGCAACCCCGAAAUCUUAGUGGGAAUGGCUAUAGGCUCGGUGAGGAACACCUGUUUUCACCGUCGUAUGAAACGGCCAUGGUAGCGGUCUACCUUGGACCAGGCCAAUUAACAUCACUGACUAAAAAGCCAACGACUCAACUGGUCAUCUCCCAGCCCCCUGAACGUUGGACUGUGCGAUGCCCAGACUAGAGACAAUCACUCACUGUCUGACUGUAUUCUUUAUCUCUGUAUGGAGACCCUGACAAACCGUUACCUAUCUGGCGGUUGUUUGCGUUGUUUAGCUGUUCAGUGAAAAUGGGCAGUGGAGCGUUUUGUUUUACAGCUCGGUGUGUCUCUGAAAGUGUUUUUGCGUUUGGCCUUGAAAGACAAAUCAAAUGAGAACACAAAUGUAUGUGAGAGAUACUUGCUUGAGAUCCAACGCACUCAUAACCUCUUGUUAAUGAAACCUGUAUGGCUGAGUGUUGUCUUUGUUAAAUCCUUCAGCCAUGAUUACUCCUGUUUUGUUGUUUGAUUUUAAGUGUGUGUGUAUAAGUGAAUGGGCAUAAAAAAAAGACGCAAUCAAAUCUGCAUCAUGUUUGGUUAGUGGUAGUUUUUUUAUUUUUGUAUACAUAGGACGCCAUUCUAGCCCAGAGCCUAUGUGAGCACUGAAGCACAGGGUGGGGUUUAAUCCCAGUAAUCUCAGAUGAGCUCUUUUCCUAACUUCCCAACAAUAAAUAAAAAGAUAUAUGUAGCUUUUCACCCAGAAAUCAUCCAUAAGAAUGUUCAGAUAGAAAGGCAUAACACACUAGAUCAAAGAACAUCUUUCAUCAUUCAUAAAAACAUGAUCUAUGCACAUUGUUCUUUUUCUGUUGGUGUUUUUAAGGUUGUAUGCCACAGGAAAGACCCAGAGCUGUGAGAGGCAGUUAACACGCCUUCUAUUAGGUCUGUCUUUUGCGAUGCAAAAAAAAAAAACGUGUAUCCACUUUGCCAACUCUGUGAAACUCAUCUGAGGGUUGCAUGUAUCCUGGUCGCAAUCCAGCCAUGUCACAAAGAAAGGUGCGCCCUGAGUCCUCGACACCUGCAGUGUGGAGGCCAUGGCUUGGUUGAGUAUUCAGGAGAACCUUGUGGCUCUAUUAGCAUCACGGACAUCCCUUUGUUUCUACCUAUAUAUGUCUUAAAAACCUUGCUUUCCACAUCACCCAUAAAGGAUUGGGAUUGAUUUAUAGGUCCUUUUAGUUAGUAGAUCACUCAUCAUGUUGAAGGCCAUAUAUGCAGUAUGUAUAUGCGCGUGUGUGUACACAGGUGUUGAUGUUCCCAUUAGAACCAAUACUGCACCCUCCCUAGUGAAUGAGAGGGAGCCCUUUUAUAACUGAGUAUUUCUGAACAGAAGCGAGUAUGUGUGUGUGUGUAUGUAUGAGUGUGUGAUGUAUGAAGUGUAUAAGCAGGUGUAUGUACAGUAAUAAACUAACCAGAAAUAA